GAAGUUGGACGCGUGUGCUUCACUUCAGUGGAGGACGAGUUGGAAAUCAUGAGCGAUAAGGAGAAACUUAUCUCGCGCGAAGCUGGCGAAGGGUCAUCCAGAAAUCUGGCUGCAAGAGAUUCGAAUAAUAAACCCUCUUGGUAUUUUGGAACAGGUUUCGUACUCUUCUGGGUACUACUGUUCUUCGCAGUAGUAAUUCCCUUCUUUUAUCGCCUGCCCCCUGCUCUGAGCACCGAGGAUGCGGUCAAUGGGGAAUUUAUUGGAGAACGCGCCUAUAACACUCUGAAUAAUCUGGUCAAUAUUGGCACCAGAGUGGUUGGAAGUAAAACAAAUGAAGUGACCACAGUGAUGUUUCUGCUCAACGAAAUAGCUGAUAUAAAAAAGGAUCUGCUAACGGACUACUUCACCUUGGAGGUUAAUGUACAACAGGGAUCGGGAGCACUCAGAUAUGCCCAUAUGCUUAACAUGUACCAAGGAGUUCAGAAUGUUGUUGUGAAAUUAUCUUCAAAAAAUUCAACAAGCGAGUCUUAUCUUCUGGUGAACAGUCACUUUGACACCGUGUUGACUUCUCCGGGCGCAGGUGACGAUGGAUUUAUGGUUGCCACCAUGCUGGAGGUAUUACGAGUAAUGGCCACGACUAAAGAAUCUUUCGCGCAUCCCAUCGUCUUUCUGUUUAAUGGAGCGGAAGAAUCUGCCCUGCAAGCCUCUCAUGCAUUUAUUACACAACACAAAUGGGCCGAUAAUUGCAAAGCACUCAUCAAUCUGGAUGCGGCUGGCAGUGGAGGACGUGAAUAUCUAUUUCAAUCAGGUCCCUCGCAUCCAUGGCUGGUUAAUUACUACAAGAAGAGUGCUAAGCAUCCUGCUGCCACUACAUUAGGGGAGGAAGUCUUCCAAGCGGGACUAAUACCAUCAGACACAGACUUCGCGGCAUUCACAAAAUAUGGCAAUAUUCCAGGACUCGACAUUGCCCAGACUACGAAUGGAUACAUUUACCACACCAAGUACGAUCGCACCGACGUUAUUCCUCGCGGAUCUAUUCAGAAUACUGGUGAUAAUAUACUGAGUCUUGUAAGAGCUUUAGCUAAUGCUCCUGAAAUGUACAAUACACAGGCUUAUGAGACGGGACAUGCUGUGUACUUCGACUUUCUUGGACUCUUUUUUGUCAACUACUCUGAAGAAACUGGAAAGAUUCUGAACUAUAGCAUUGCUGGAGUAGCACUCAUCCUGAUCAUCAUAUCCGUAUGGCGGAUGUCUGCAAUUUCAUCCCUUUCCUGUUGUCACGUGGUUCAGCGUCUAAUAAUCCUGCUGAUUAUUCAGAUUAUAGCUCUUUCACUAAGUCUGGCAUUACCUUUAUUGGUUGCAUAUUACUUUGACAGUUACGGAUUGUCCUUGACCUACUUUAGUACCCCUUCCCUGCUCAUCGGAUUAUAUAUAUGUCCAGCACUUAUUGGACUAAGUCUUCCCAUUACCAUUUACUAUCAGUUGCAGCAAAAAAUUAAACUGCCUUUCGCCUACCAUCUUCAACUGGGAUUACAUAGCUGGGCAAUUAUUCUGUCUGUUGUGGAUAUUUUAUUAACCGUUAGAGGAAUACGAUCCGCGUAUAUAUUUACCAUUCCAAUAAUUUUUUAUGUCAUUGCCAUGAUCUUAAACAUGCUGACAACGUUCCACGAUCGAGGAUACAGCUGGACAGGCUUAGUUAUAAUGGGACAGGUGAUGCCUUUCCUAUAUAGCAGCUCCCUCUUCUACCUGUUUUUGGUAGUGUUGAUACCAAUGAAUGGACGCUCUGGUAGUGCUACGAAUCCAGAUCUGUUUAUUGCAGGCUUGGCUGCAGUGGGAACAAUUCUUUCUUUUGGCUUUUUGAUGCCGCUUAUCAAUAUGUUCCGUAAGCCACUUACCGUAGUUUUAGCCUUGUUGAUGGUGACAGGCAUCACAACUUUUCUGGCAAGCUCCACUGAAAUGGGUUUCCCUUAUCGCCCAAGAACAAACAGUCACCGAGUUACUUAUCAGCACGUGCGAAAAAUCUACUAUGAAUAUGACGGCAGUGAAAGCAUCGAUGAAUCGGGAUAUUUGAUCAAUUUCCAAGACCGACGUUUGGCGGAACCCAUGAUAGGAGUACGCCUAACCGGUGCCAGAUUCUUGAAAGAGGACUGCGAAAAGCACAUGAUGUGUGGAGUGCCAUUGUAUGAUGAGAGAUGGGUGGAGAAUCGUCUGGAGACGAUCUGGGUGCAUCGUGCGGAUUCUGUAAUACCACCAAUCCCCACCAAUCUAACACUGUUAAGCAAAACAGUGUUGGAAAACAAUACAACUGCGCGUUUUGAAUUCGAAUUAAAUGGUCCGGAUCACAUGAGUUUGUUCAUUCAACCCUAUGUAGAUGAUUUCGCCACAUUGAGCAACUGGUCAUUCGCACGCAGUUACCUCGAAGAACCCCCGGAAUAUCCACUAUCUUAUCACAUAUAUUUCACAUAUGGCAUUAUUACCUCGCCACUGAAAUUCUUCCUGGAAAUUGAGAAAACCAAUGGCAACUUUAAUGUUCCACUCUUCGAAUUGGGAGUCAGUGGACAUUAUUUUGGAAGCAACGGGGAUGCACUGAGUCAGAAGUUUGCGAAAUCCUUCCCAUCCUAUGCAGCAGUUGUGGAGUGGCCUUCAACAUAUCUUAGAUAUAUUUUUUAGAUCUGUAUGUAAUUAAGCAGCAAUUAAAUACAGUUAGUGCUGCAGGCGAAUUGGCUGUAUCUAAGCUAUACAAAGACAUGGACAGCCGCCUAUUAAUGUAUCUCAAACUCUGAGUCACAACUGUGCAUGCUAAGAACAUGGCUUUAUUGAGCCCAUCUGUUGUUUUGAUGGUAGUGCUAAAAGAAAAACGGGUGACAUCGGGCAGAAUAAACAAAAUGCAACUCAAAAUCUUUAACAAAUCCAA